AUGCAGGAUAUCAGAUAUGUGGAGAUGAACAGAGUGGCUGAGGGCAAGAACAUUGAGAGGUUGAAAUCGGAACUCCAUCUCCUGGACGCUGACGGCAAACAGGAAAACGGGCACACCUUCGACGUGGACUCGAAGCAAAAAAGAUUUCUCCUGGUUUUGUGUUCCACCACAGUAGCAGACUUUGACUUGGCCAGCCACUUGGAUACAGCUCCUGAGCUGGUGGACAGAGUGUACAACCGGCCCACCCUCCAUACGCUGGAGAGCAACACCAUCCAGGGUGCCGUGGAGCCUCUCAGUAUAAAGAAGUUGGCCAGACAGAGGAAGCACCAGUAUAAGAUCUUGUCCCAGCGGAUUGACCGGGAGAAGAAGAUGUUUGUCAUUGGCCAGAAGAUCCAGACCCGCAAAGACCUACACGUGAGUAGGGGAUGACUGCAAGCCGUAGAAGCUUAAUGAUUCGUAAUGCUUAAGACGGUGGUUGGGAAGACAUGGAUUUUGUAUCGAUGGGGUAUUUCUAAGCGUGUCACAUGUUAGCAAAGCCAAAGGUACAUUUCCUCCCUCUGGUGGACAAGUUGUGCUUAAUUCUAGGCUUUUCAAUUGGGUUCUGUUCUAAUUCA